AUGGCUCCUUACGCUCAUCACAUCCGCAAAUACCAAGAAAGGGAUCGAAAGAGGAUCUUGGAACUGUUCUCACAGGGGGUGCAAGAGCACGCCCCCACUACCUUCUGCCAUAUGCUGAAACUUCCCCGAAUGAUCCUGCUGCUGCUUGGGGUGCCUUUGGCUGUAUUCCUGAUCACCGGCUCCUGGCUGCUGGCCCUUCUGGCCAACCUCUCUCUCCUUGCUGCCCUGCGGUUCUUUGCCAAAUACCCCUGGACUGAGUUUGAAGACAUGUCUUUGCGCACAGACAUGUCUGAUAUCACCAAAUCCUACUUCAGUGAGCUUGGCUCCUGCUUCUGGGUGGCUGAGUGUGAGGGGCAGGUGGUGGGCAUGGUGGGUGCUCUGCCUGUGACGGAGCCUGCCCUGAGGAAGGAGCAGCUGCAGUUGCUUCACCUUUGUGUGGCCUUGGGGCACCGAGGCCGUGGGAUAGCCAAGGCCCUGGUCAGGACUGUCCUUCAGUUUGGGCAGGACCAGGGCUACAGUGUAGUUAUCCUCAGUACUUCCAUGUUGCAGUACUCUGCUCUGGCCCUCUACCAGCACAUGGGCUUCCAGAGGACAUGCCAGUACUUCUCCUCCCUAUCCUGGAGGGUAGUUGCUGUGCCUAUAGUUCAGUUUAUAUACCACCUUCCCUCUGCUCACGUCUCCAAGAUGAAGCAGGGAGGGGGCCGAGACCUGCCCAUCGUGGCUUAG